CUGACACGAUCAACUUGUUCCAAUCCCAAGAAGAAGAAGAGUAAAGCGAGAUCUGAUCCAUUCCCCUUCCCGGACCGGCGGCGGACGAAACCCUAGCCCAGCACCAUGGCGGCGCGCUCCGCCCUCCUCUUCGCCCUCCUCGUCGCCGCCCUCUCCUUCACCGCCACCGCCGCCGGCGACGCGCCCUUCAUCGUCGCGCACAAGAAGGUGGCGCUCUCCCGCCCCAAGCCCGGCGUCGAGCGCCUCGCCGUCUCCCUCGACCUCUACAACCAGGGAUCCGCAACUGCCUAUGAUGUGGCCAUCACUGAUGACUCUUGGCCAAAGGAAGCGUUCGAGCUUGUUUCUGGAGAGGUCUCAAAGACAUUGGAAAGGCUUGACCCUGGUGCCACUGCUUCGCAUGUGUUUGUCUUGGAGACCAAAGCACAGGGCAGGUUUCAAGGUUCCCCUGCGGUUAUUAAAUACCGUGUUCCCACAAAGGCUGUACUUCAGGAGGCCUUUUCAACUCCCAUCCUUGCCUUGGACAUACUUGCUGAAAGGCCCCCAGUGAAGAAGUUUGAAUGGGCUAAGAAACUCGUCGCAAAAUAUGGCGCGCUGGUGUCAGUUGUUUCCUUCGUUGCAGCGUUUAUCUACCUGGUCGCGAGCCCAUCAAAAUCUGGUGGGGCAAAAGCAGGCAAGAAGAGACGCUGAUCUAUCUGUGGUUCACCGUUUUGGUAGCAGGCUGUUUACCUGGAGAGACUCUUGAUAGUUGAGCAAAGUGACACUGUAAUUUUAGUUAUCUGUGCUUUUGUUGCCUUUGUCGUAAACCAGAGGAGUACAUUUUCUGAAACUUAGAAAUCAUUGAGAUUCCGUCCAUCUGUUGCUAUGUGUGCAUCUCCACUAAUGUUGGAUUCCGUUGGUAGAAAAAUACACACAUUUGUGCUUUGUGUAAAAAAAAUUGCUGACUACAUUUUGAUAUGAUAUUACCACCCCCUUCUUGGCACUAA